GAAAAGGAUUCACAAGGCUAGGAUAUUCUAAUGAAGGUCAUCUUACUCUAGCUGACGUGGAAGAAAAGAGCACUCUGAAUCCAACCAAAGCAGGGAGUCUAACUUCCAAGUGAGAUCUUUGAGGAUUUUAACUGAAGAAGAUGGACAACAAUACUGCUGGUAACAUUACAGAAUGUUCUCUGAAUUCUCUAAUCACACAAUACAUCAUUCCCCUGCUCUAUUGCUUUGUUUUUGUCGGUGGGAUUUUGCUCAACGGGAUAUCUGCAUGGAUAUUUUUUUAUGUUUCCAACAGCAAGAGCUUCAUCGUCUAUCUCAAGAACAUUGUGGCAGCUGACUUUCUGAUGAGUCUAACUUUCCCAUUCAAAAUUCUGAGUGAUUCCAAAAUAGGACCCUGGCAGCUGAGCAUCUUCGUUUGCAGGGGCUCUGCGGUGGUCUUCUACAUCAACAUGUAUGUGGGAAUCGUGUUUUUUGGGCUCAUCGGAUUUGACAGGUACUACAAGAUCGUAAAGCCCCUUCUGGCUUCUUCUGUUCACACUGUUGGCUACAGUAAGAUCCUCUCUCUCCUCGUCUGGGUUGUGAUGCUAUUCCUGGCCAUCCCCAACAUCAUUCUGACUGAUCAAAGCGUUAAGGACGAAGACUAUGUAAAGUGCAUGGAACUCAAGAAUGAACUGGGACUCAAGUGGCACAGGGUCUCCAACUACAUUUGUGUGGGCAUCUUCUGGAUUGUGUUCCUUCUGCUGAUCAUCUGUUACACAGCCAUCACAAGGAAAAUCUACAGCUCUUACCUUAGGUCCAGAAGGAAUUCCAUCUCUGUCAAGAAAAAGUCCAGCCGCAACAUAUUCUGCAUCAUGUUUGUGUUCUGUGUGUGCUUUGUCCCUUAUCACAUCACCCGAAUCUCCUAUACCAGAAGCCAAACUGAAGAACAUUAUGACUGCCAAUCCAAAGAAAUACUGCUCUAUGCAAAAGAAUUCACUCUGUUCCUAUCUGCAGCCAAUGUGUGCCUAGACCCCAUUAUUUAUUUCUCUCUCUGCCAACCAUUUAGAGAAAUGCUUCGGAGGAAGUUCCACCUCAGGUUAAAAGCCCCACGUAGCCUGGAAAAUUCCAAAACCAAGAGAAGCAAUGAAAUGAUGGACAAUGCAAUUCUGGAUAGUACAGACACACUCUGACUCCCCAUGGGGAGCUUUGCAGAGUGUCACCUUAUUUAUGUUACGCUGCCCAUCCAGCCAAGAUGAGUAUAUAAGAGACAGCUACGCCAAUAAACAGUCUCCAGGCACUACUGUGAAAGGUAUUUACAAAAAUCAAAAGGAGGCCACACACAAAACUUUCUGCAUUACAGCAGCAUCAAAGAAAAGCUUCGUCAAUAGUUUGCAUGUAAUACUGAAAAGUUUUCUCAUUAAUAAAAAAGCAUGCAUGUCUGAUUUAAGACUAUUCCAGCAAACUAGAAGGCUUUCUCCUUCAUUCAUUCAUUCAGCCAACAGACAUUUAU